AUGUCUAAUUCUACAACUUCGAUUGUUUCCUCUGCUAUUACUUCAGCUACAUCGAUAGCCUCUUCUGCAUUUAAGACUGCAACACCAGCAUUUGGUGGUAACGAAUCCUUUAUGGAUAUGAUUUCUGAAAAGUUCUUAGUUAUACAAGAAAUCUAUGUUGAUUUAUUUCAAGAAAUAAAUUUUGAAGAUAGAGCUUUACAAAUAUCAAUCUUUUUUGUUGCUUUCAAUCCAAUUUUCUGGAAUAUUGUUGCACGUCUUGAGUAUUCAACUCAUUUCUUAACCAAGUUGGCCGGUAGUGCUAAAAGAGGUUGUUAUCUAUUAGCUAUGACUAUCUUUUCUUUGGGUUUAGUUCGUGAUUAUUUCUUCGAACAAGCUUUACACAAUCAAUUUUCCUCUCCAUAUUUGCAAAAUGAAUAUGUCAAAAUGGUUGGUGUUACCUUAUUUGGUUUCGGUCAAUUACUUGUCUUAACUUCAAUGUACCAAUUAGGUAUCACUGGUACUUACUUAGGUGAUUAUUUUGGUAUUUUAAUGGAUGAAAGAGUCACUGCUUUCCCAUUCAAUGUCAGCAACAACCCAAUGUAUCAAGGUUCAACUCUUUCAUUUUUGGGUACUGCUUUGAUAUAUGGUAAAUCAGCAGGUUUAUUGGUUGCAUUUAUGGUUCAAACUAUGUACAACUUAGCUUUGAAAUUAGAAGAACCAUUCACUGCUCAAAUUUACGCAAAACGUGAUGAAGCUAAAUCAAAGAAGUCUAACUAA